CUUAACAGUGUGACAUCCAGCGGAAGUAAACAAAACAAACGCCAGUAGCGUUAGCUGCAUGUAGUGAAUUAGCUGGAAGACGAUAUUGUAGUCACAGCGUAGAUAUUUAUUUAAUUUGUAAUUAAGCAACAAUGUCUUCAGUUGAGUGUUUGAGAGACUUUGUCAACGAGCGACUAAUUGCUGCUGCAGAAGAAAUACUCGGAGUUUUUAAAAAAACUAUCGUCGGGUACGAAGAAGAGAUCGAUCGUCAGCGCAGACUGCUGGAUAUCUUUUGGAAACCCGAAAUAAAGUUACACAGGAUAGAGCUCCCACAGCAACAUGUCUGUAAGGAGGAAGAGGUUGUGGCUGACCAGCAGCUCUGUAUUCAGGAGAGGAACUCCAGUCUGGACCAAGAGGACCCAGAGCCUCCACAGAUUAAAGAGGAACAGGAGGAACUCUGCACCAGUCAGGAGGGAGAGCAGCUUGUACUGAAGCAGGAGACUGAUGCCUUUAUGUUUACUCCUACUGAUGAGGAAAGUGACCACAGUGAACCAGAACCAAACAGGGACCAGCAGCUCCUCUCUCACAACUCUCAUGUAGCUGAGAGCCAAGAUCAGAAAGGAGGCAAGCAUGAAGACUCAGGAUCAACUAGAGAUGCAGAACCAGAACCAGAACCACAGAAGAGACAGCACAAAAGCAGAAGUCAAAGUAACAAUGUAUAUAACCCUGACUCAGAGAUUCACUGUAAUACUCACACAGGUAAAUGGUCUUUCAAAUGUGACACAUGUGGAAAAGAUUUUAAUUUUAAGUCAACAUUGCAGAGACACCUGAGAAGUCACACAGGUGAGAAGCCAUAUUCUUGCAAAACAUGUGGGAAAAGAUUCAGUCGCCGAUCAGAAUUGAACACUCAUAUAAGAACACACACAGGUGAGAAGCCGUAUUCUUGCAACACCUGUGGGGAAAGAUUCAGUCGCCGAUCAGAAUUGAACACUCAUAUAAGAAUCCACACAGGCGAGAAGCCGUAUUCUUGCAAAACAUGUGGGAAAGAUUUCCGAUUUGGGAGUGAGUUGAGAGUUCACAUGAGAAUCCACACAGGUGAGAAGCCGUACCUUUGCAAGACGUGCGGGGAAGGAUUCAGUGUCAUGUCAGUAUUCAAAAGGCAUAUGAGAAUCCACACAGGUGAGAAGCCACAUUCUUGCAAAACAUGUGGGAAAGAGUUCCGAUUUGGGAGUGACUUGAAAGUCCACAUGAGAAUCCACACAGGUGAGAAGCCAUAUUCAUGCAAAAUAUGUGGGAAAGAUUUCAGAUCUAGCAGUCAUGUUAAAGUUCACAUGAGAAAGGCACACAGAGAUGAGAAGCCGUAUUCUUGCUAAACUUGUAGGAAAAGAUUCUGUCGGAUGCCAGACUUGAAAAGGCUCAUAAGAAUUCCUACAGAUGAAAAGCUGUAUACUUGCAAAACAUGUUUCAGACGUGGUGACUUGACAGUCCACAUGAGAAGAGCCCACACUGGUGCCAAGCCAUAUCACUGCAACACCUGUGGGAAAACAUUCUCUGGAGCGUCUGGUUUUGCCAAGGCAUAUAAGAUCACCUGACCGCAGGUAACCUUGUAUUUGCAAAGUAUGUGAGAGACGAUUCAGUUCUAGUGGCUCACAGAAGUGAGGAGCCACAUAACUGCAGCACUUGCACUUGGAAAAGUUUUACUCAAAUCACAUACUUGAAAAAACACCUGAGGAUCAAUAUACACAGGAGAAACCAUCGAGCUGAAACUCCUGUGGAGACGUGUUCACCUGCUGAAUGAAAUACGCCUUUACAAUACUGUAGCUACGUCUCUCUAACUGAAUGUAUACAAUUUCGCAUUGAUAAGGUCACAAUAUCUUAGUGUAAUGAAGUAAUACAUUGUCAAGAAUGGCAUCAAUUUUUGUUGAAUUAUCCUUGUUUUCGUCCUUCAUAUUACUGUAUUACUCAUAUUUCUGACAGCAACAGUAUUUCUUUUGUAAUCUCCCAAAUCUUUGAAAUGUUGUUGCAAAGUGAGUUCAUAGUUCCUACAAAUGUUCUACCUGUUAAAUGAAUAUUGAGUUUUACAAUUUUUAUACGCUACCUCUGUUCUAUAAGAUGAUUGUGAACUCCGAUGUUGAAGCUGAGAAACCCUCUCUCUAGUGGUGUUGGGUCACUUCUGUUGUCAUCCUGCCAACUGGUCUCUUUUCCUUUUUGUCUGCAGUGUGUCCUUUGAUUUCAUACUUGUAUGUAUUUUGUUAUUGGUUCAACUUGAUACACUUAUUGUUUGGGGGGGCUUUAGAGGUGACAAACAAAUUGUAGAUGGUGUGCUACAUGGUGUUGUGUUGUGCUAUGCUCUCGACCUCAUGUAUUUAUUCUAACAAUGAAGCAAAUCUUAGAUAUUGGAACAGUAACUCUUAAGUAACAUAGCUAACUUUUUAACGUUUUAUUUUAUUAAACGCUAGGACGUUACUUUUACUUUUGUAAAACAUGUUGUGAGCUUAGCUACCAGCUAAAUAAACACCAACAAUUGUUGUACCACUGACACUGUCAGUGUAGGAGUGGCAGCACAGACCAAGACAACACAUGUGACACACCAGUCCUAUUGCUAAAUGAAAUCUUGCUCUCAAUGUGACUUCCUGAUUCAAUACAGUUAAGAAACG